AAUGUGAGACAGUCAGUCAGCCAUAGACCCGUGUCGCGAUACCUCGUUCACACGAAAUUUUGUAUUUAUUUUCCGUGUUUUUGUGUUAUUAAAAAAACCGCGAAACCUUAAAACAAAAUGGCUGCUGUUAACGGAAAGGAUUCAGACCCUAUCGUACCUCCUUCGUCUCUGAUUAGAAGAGUGAGUUCAAGGUCUGUCAGAAACUCUAUUUCUGAGGAGAAAGAGAAUGGAGAUGGACCAAUCAAGGGAUCCUUUGUGAGUAAAUAUAAGAAGGCUCCUGAGGCACUAAAGAGUUUCCAUUUGACUGAUGCUGAGAGUGAGUUGGAGGUACCUGGAACGCCCAUGACACCUAGAACUUCUACUACCCCUGGCCACGAGAACUGCACAUUCCACCAUGAUUUGGAGUUGGACCACAGGCCCCCCACCAGGGAGGCACUUCUCCCCGACAUGGCCAACUCUUACAGACUCCUGUUGACAGGUCUUGGAGAGGACCCAGAGAGGGAAGGUCUGCUGAAGACUCCUGAGCGUGCUGCCAAAGCUAUGCUCUUCUUCACCAAGGGUUACGACCAGAGCCUUGAAGAGGUCCUGAACAACGCCAUAUUCGAUGAAGACACCGAUGAGAUGGUCGUGGUCAAGGACAUUGAAAUGUUCUCCAUGUGCGAGCAUCACUUGGUGCCCUUCUACGGCAAGGUGUCCAUUGGCUACCUGCCUCAGGGCAAGAUCCUUGGGUUGAGCAAGCUGGCUAGGAUCGUAGAGAUCUUCUCCCGCCGUCUCCAAGUCCAGGAGCGUUUGACCAAGCAAAUUGCGGUGGCUGUUACUCAGGCCGUCCGCCCAGCUGGUGUUGCUGUCGUCAUCGAAGGAGUGCACAUGUGCAUGGUUAUGCGAGGAGUUCAGAAGAUCAACAGUAAGACAGUCACCUCCACCAUGUUGGGAGUGUUCCGUGAUGACCCCAAGACGAGGGAGGAGUUCCUUAACCUCGUGCACUCCAAGUGAGAGCGAGAUCAUCAUUUACUCAAGUUGCAUCGUCCAUAAUAUUUUUUUAUAAUUUUCUCAAGAUUUUUUUGCUGAUUUCUUUGCUUUUAUGCAUUUUUUUUCUAUUUUUGAAUCUCUAAUUUUUUACUGUUUUUUCUUGUUUUUGUCUUUCAUGUAAAAAUUGAUGUUUUUUGUUGAGUUUUCGGGAAAAAAAUAUUACGGACGUCCAACUUAAACCGUGGUUUAUUUAAUAAGUUAUCUAAUUAAGUUAUUGCUUUUUAUUGCUCUAUUAUAGUAAUUUAUAAUUACUAAAGAACAAUUUAAUGUAACAAAGCAGCUUAUACUUUCGUUCCUUUUUCAUAAUUUUUCUUUCAUUUGCAAAAAAAAAACUCAAAAAACAUUCAAUAAACUGCUACAACAGUAUUUACUACAACGAAAAUAGGUAUUAAUUUCUCAAAAUAGACAAACAAUACUGCCUUAGUUUAAUAGCAUAAUUUAAUAUUUUUUGCAUCUCUUUAUUUUAUUUAGUUUAUUCUUUAAUUAUUUUUUGUAAUAAUUAAAUAGCACCAUUCUAAUUUCAAAUAAAAAUAUACAUGACAAUAAAAUAAUGACAAAACAAUAUUUAUUAAUUUAAAUUUAUAUUUUAGUGGGGAAUGUGAUAACAAAAUAUAUAUUGCCCAAACUUAUCACAUUUUCCAAAAUAAAAUUAUAUUUUAAUAAGAGAUUUAGUACAAAAAAUAUUAUUAAAAUAAUUUAUGAAAAUUGUUGAACGUUUUUUGGACCGAUUAGUUUAAUUUGAACAAAAAUCUCAAGCAUAAUAUGGCUGAUGUUUGACAUUUUUGUAAAAUAUUUUAUUUUAUUCGUUUUUAGUAGUUAAUAAAAAAGCUAAGAGCCGAUGAAGUUGCCUUAAAAUGUGAAUGUACGAAUUUUUGAUAUGUUUUAACUAUAUCAUGAUUUUAUAAAUAAAUGUUUUUUAUUUUAAGUUAA